AUGGCUGAGAAACAGAUGGAUGAAGACAUUGUUUUUGCUGAAAUGAGUAAUUUGAUGGAACAAUGGAAGCAAAAGCAGAUAACAUGUGAAGAGUUUGUUGCUGCAAACCAAGCUCUUAUUCAUAAAAAAUAUAAUCUGUCGAUUGUAGUGGAUCAAUAUGAGAUGAAAAUAAGAUCUAAAGAGAUGAUAGCAUCAAAUGAAGAAAUCAAUGAAACCGUUCCAGAUGAAAAAUCUAGCAAGCAACGUAUCAUCGAUUUAUCAUUGAAAUAUAAUAUAUUUAGUCGACACACGAUAUUUAUUGCUAUUGAGAAAACGAAUCAAUGCUCGUAA